AUGCAAAAACUUGCUCCUGGAAAUAAUCCAGAAGAAAACUGGGGUUGGAAUAUGAGUUCUGAUCCUUGUAUUGAUGCCUGGAAAGGGAUUUCUUGUGAUCAAAGUAUGCAAUUUGUUAAAAAGAUAGUACUUGAUCAGUUGAAUUUCACUGGUGUUCUUGAUGCUGCUUCUGUGUGUUCAGCGAAGAAUCUUGCAGUGCUGAGCCUAAGCAACAAUAAUGUUUCUGGGAUUUUACCAGACGAGGUAUCAAAUUGCACGCGUUUGACACAUUUGUAUCUACACGAAAAUAGUUUCACCGGGGAUCUCCCUGGAUCCCUGUCAAGAUUAAGUAAUUUGAAGAGACUUGUUAUAUCAGACAAUGGCUUCACCGGUGGGAUACCGGAUAUUUCAAGAGUCUCGGGAUUGCUCACUUUUCUUGCUCAAAACAAUCAGUUCAAUGGAGUUAUACCAAAGUUUGAGUUCUCGAAUCUUGAAGAAUUCAAUGUCUCUGACAACAAUCUCAGUGGGAGUAUUCCUGAUGUUGAGGGUCAUUUCAAUGCAAGUAGCUUUUUAGGCAAUCCUGGAUUAUGUGGAGAGCCAUUGCCUAAUGCUUGCUCUCCCCCCCCUCCUCCUCCUCCGGCCGAAAAGCAAGGUCUGUCGAGCAAGAUGUAUCUUAUGUAUCUCGGAUAUGCUUUUAUCGGCCUAAUUCUUGUGUGUCUCAUUGCCCUCAAAGUGAUACGGAACAAAAAGAAUAAAGAGAAGAAGGAGAUUGCGAAAAAGGGCUUGCAAACAGAUGCAACAAAAGACAAGAUUAGUAGCAGCACUUCUAGUGAGUCGAAAAGAGGAGGAAACAUAUCCGAGUAUUCAAUAACAUCCGUUGAAAGUGGGAUGGCUUCAUCAUCACUUGUAGUUCUCUCGAGCCCGGUGGCUAAUGGGCUGAAAUUCGAGGAUUUGCUUCGAUCUCCAGCUGAAUUGAUCGGAAGAGGUCGACAUGGAAGCCUAUACAAGGUCACGCUUAACAGCGGAAUGACUCUCGCGGUGAAAAGAAUCCGGAAUUGGGACAUUUCUAGAGACGAUUUCAAGAAGAGGGUGCAUAGAAUAGACCAAGUAAAGCAUCCACAUGUAACGCCUGUUGUUGCCUAUUACUGUUCAAGGCAAGAACAGCUCUUGGUUUAUCAAUUCCAGGAGAAUGGCAGUCUCUUCAGGCUUAUUCAUGGAUCACAAAAUGGGCAAUUAUUUGAUUGGGGAAGCAGAUUAAGUGUCGCAGCCAGAAUUGCUGAGGCAUUGGCUUUCAUGCAUGAGGGACUUCAAAGAGAUGGAAUUGCACAUGGCAACCUGAAAUCCUCAAAUAUUUUGCUGAACAAUGGAAUGGAGCCCUGUAUAAGUGAAUAUGGUCUAGCAGUGGUUAACAAUCAAGAUCAAUCAUUUCUUCCUCCUAAUGACAGCUUCCAAGAUAUCACUUCCCCAGUAAACAACGCGUUCAAGGCUGAUGUUUAUGGAUUCGGCGUCAUACUUCUUGAGCUGCUGACCGGGAAACUCGUCCAGAACAAUGGGUUCGACUUAGGCCAGUGGGUGAAUACGGCUAUAAGAGAAGAAUGGACGGUUGAAGUUUUCGACAAGACAUUGGUAUCGGAGGGUGCAAGUGAGGAGAGGAUGGUGAAUCUUUUGCAUAUAGCUCUAAAGUGCAUAAAUCCAUCACCAGAAGAAAGGCCAUGCAUGAGGGAAGUUACCGUAAUCAUAAACUCUAUUAAGGAAUAUGAAGAGAAAUCUCUUAGUUCUGAGGCCUGA